AUGCCAGACGAGACAAGCCAUUUUCGGGUUUUGGAUCUGCCGAGCGCAAUGGCUCCGGCGGUGCAGUGGAAGACCAAGGUGGAGUAUUUUGCGCAGUAUCGGCAACUCAUGGGCCAUUGUCGCAUGACCAAAACGUUCAAGGUGCCGGACGACGACGAGUGGCCCGAGGCCAUGCGCCAGUAUACCAUCGGCGCUGCGGCGCACCAUUUUCGUACUUUAGCGCUGACGCACGAGUCGGAAUGCUUCGAGCAACUCGAUGAGCUCGGGUUCCCGUGGUCGCUGGACCCAAACCAUUUCAGGAUGCCCGUUUUCGAGGCAGCGACGACCGGAGUCGUCCCGCGGUUUAAGAAGCAUACCACGUCGGUCCUGCUUGAAUGGCUUGUCCAGGCGCUCCAGACGUACCGCAUUCGCUACGGUCAUCUCGACGUACCCGCCACGUUUGCUGUGCCGCUUGAGGAUGCGUGGCGGCCCGAGCUGGCCAAUGUGGCUCUGGCGUACGCGCCGCGCGUGCUCCGCAGCCACUUUUAUUGGCUCGCGUCCAACGACGCCGUCUGCUUGCGCGAUCUUGGCCUUUGCACCGAUCGGUUGACGUGGCCUCGCGCCCUGCGCCUCCUCUCGUGCUUCAAGAACAACGUCGGCGGCCGUAGUGUGCCCCGCGACUUUUGUGUGCCUCCGGACGCCGCGUGGCCAGCAGAGUUUCGUGGGUUUGAACUGGGCCAACAGGUGUGGUACCUCGGCAUCAAGUACGACGUGCUGCCCGAGGACAAGCGUCUCGCGAUCGACGAGCUGCAGUUGGUGUUCGACUCGCCAACGACGUGGGCGCGCACGGUCCGCGGCCUUUGUCACCACGCUCACGUCCACAAGGCAACGUCGGUGCCGGACGAUUUCGAGGUCCCGCGCACGUCCGAUUGGCCAUCAGACCUCCACGGUUUGCACCUCGGGCAGCUCUACCAGCAACUCACGCAUGCAAUGGCGCUGCGCCUCUUGCCGCCGACAACAAAAGUGGACGUCGACGCGAUUCUCGCUGCCGGAGCGGUUCGCACCGACGUUGACCUGCCACCGCGAGGGCUCUUGCCACUGGCCUCGCAGCGGCACGAUCGCGCAGCUCUGUACGCCGGCAUGCCGCUGGCCACUCGGCAGGCAUGGAUGGUCGUCGUGGAAGCGCUGGAGACAUUUCUUCAACUCUUUGGGCACAUCGACGUGCCGGUCGCCUUUGUUGUGCCGACGACCGCAUCGUGGCCGUGGCCGCUCGCUAGUCGAGGGCUUGAGCUUGGGGCAAUCACCGACUCGCUUCGGACGGUGGCGCUCGACCCGAUGCAGAAGGCCUCCUUGGACGCGCUGGGCUUUGAGCUCGUCACACGCCACGAUGCCACAAGCUCGGUCACUGAGGCAGCUGCCAACAUUGAGAGCGACGACAAGCAACUCUACGGCCUCGCGAUCCAUCGACGCGUCAAGAAGUCGGCCAAGGUGAUCCAGGGCUAUGUCAUUGCAGCUGACCCGCAAAAGUGGCCGGAGAUGCUCCAUGGUUUUAAACUCGGCGCCUGCAGCCAUAGUAUUCGAUAUCAAGACCGCGUUUUGAACGAUGCGUUUGAAGCCAAGCUCAAGACCAUUGGCUUUACGUGGCCAUGCAACACGCCGAGCGCACGCUGCGUGAAGCGCACGACGGUCAUGCAGGGUCUCACGCAGCGCCACGCUUUCCACGUGCACACGGUCGAACUCGCGACGUUGGUGGCGGCGUUGGAAACGUACGAUUCCGAAGUCGGGCCUUUGGGUGCCAUGGAAGACAACUUUGCGGUGCCCCACGAAGACGAGGCGUGGCCGGUCGGCUCCGGUGGCAUCGUACUCUCUCGCGUGCUUCCGGCUUUGCGGUACCACUGGUUUGAGCUCGAACCGAACGCAGAAAAAUGUCUUCGGAAGCUGGGGCUUUUCGCCGACAUCCCGCCCUUCAACGACUUUGUCAAGCUUGUCGCUCGCUUUACCCGCCGCGAUGAGACGACGACCAUUCCGUUUGAUUACAUCGUCCCAAGUGAGCCGCCGCGGUCGUCGUCGCCGUGGCGUGGCGCGCCGCUCGGCGAGCUCGCGUGGACGCUCGGCCUGCGCAAGGAAUGCUGGAACAAGGCGCAAACGCGUCAACUGAACAAGAUCAAAUUCGAGUUCAACACGCCUGCUACGUGGGCGCGUGUCGUUCGAGGGCUGGAGACUUACUGCUCGAUCGUGGGCUCCAUCGACGUGCCCGAAUCGUACAUUGUGCCUCACACACCCGAAUGGCCCGACGACUUGCACGGCAUGCGGCUCGGGCAUUGCGUCAAGUUUCUCAUGGCGGCACGGUACAUGCUCAUGCUCCCGGGAGACACCGACAACGCCGUGAAGGCACUCGCUGCCCAGGUUGUUUGCGCACCGCUGCAAUGGAAGGAACUCGUGCUAAAAAACGCCCAGGUGCAGUGUCGGCCGUACACUGCAUCUGCUGCAGCCUUGCCGAAUGACGGCGUUGACGUCGGCAUCCACCGACGUUCUUCGGAGCCCCCGGCAAGCCAACCCGUGUCGUCUUUGGUGUCCGAUCCUCUCGACCGUUCCUCAGUGGUCCAGUGCGACGACGAUGCUGCCGCUAUCGUGAACGACAAUGAACGCAUUGCCGACGGCGAAGGCGAGAACGACGGCGUGGCUACCUGGCAGACUCACGACCGCGAGAACACGUCCUCGGGUGGUGACAUCCUUGCCCGAGCAACACGGCAACCGCCCAUGGUCGGCGUUCCUUCAAUCGACGACGGUGAUGACGUGUCGUUGCGGUGUGCCGUCCACGCCUCGACGGCUCGACAAGAUACGAGCUCCCGUGACGAUGACGCCGACUCUGGCUCGAUGCGCGCCCUCCACCUCGAAGCACCCCAGAUUGAUGACGAUGUGGACACGGGCUACGCUUUCGACUACGACCAAGUAUGCGACGACGUCGGGGACCUACCUCGGCACCAGAUCGACGUCAACGCUAUCGACGAGGCGCGCUUUGCUCGCUCCCCAAGCAUCUGCGACGUUGAUGCUGGCCGCAUGGGUGACAUCGAGUGUCCUGCCAAUGGCAACGAGGACAACACGGGCGGUGACCCAGGCAUCGCUCUCGAUGCGAGCAGCAACAUCAGCCACGACGCAGCCCAAGAGUUUCAAGAGCGUGCCACAGCCACACGUGAGACCACGCGACGUCCAAAUACUCGUUUCCUCCGCCGCAAGCAACUAUGGGAUCUUGUGGGAGACCCUGCGCUUCUUCGGAAUGUUCCCCGCUCCACGCCACUCAAGCGCCGUGUUUUUGUGGAGCCCCCACCGUGGUGGUUGACGCUCCCCAUCCCCGCAGUUGCCGGUCCCCCGCACGCUUUGGCAGAACUCGACGACGUUGAUCCCGAGAUGACAGAAGCCGUCGUGUAG